AUAUAUACAUAUAUAUAUAUAUAUAUACAUAUAUAUAUAUAUAUACAUAUAUAUAUUAAUUCCAAAACAAUACGAUCUUCUUUAAUCAUCUUUUAUUUAAUUCAAUCAUAGAGGUUGGCAGUACCAAAAAUAUUUUCUCCGGUAAAAUAGACAUAAAAAUCACACACAAAAGUCAUUGUAUUGAUUAUCACGUAAUCACUUAAAACAGUAAAUUAAUUUUGAUAAUAUGACUGUAUGUUUUUUUUUUCUCAAAACCAAAACUCUAUGUAUUUCUGUAGUUGUCUUUAACAAGUUCAAAGAUGAGGGAGGGAGUUUCAUGUCUACCUUGGGGAGUGAUGUGAAAGGACUGUUAAGCUUGUACAACGCAGCCUAUCUUGGGACUCAUGGGGAGAUCAUUCUUGAUGAAGCCAUCUCUUUUACGAGGAAUAGCCUAGUGUCUGCAUUAGCUGAUCUUAAACCACCAUUAACAACGCAAGUGUCUCUUGACCUCGAGACACCUCUCUGUAGAAGAAUGAGAAGGCUCCUGGCAAGAGAUUACAUCUCUAUAUACCAAGAGGAUGCCACACGAGUUGAUGCCAUCCUGGAGUUUGCAAAGUUGGACUUCAAUUUGUUGCAAUCUCUUCAUCGCGAGGAACUUAAGAACAUCACCAAGUGGUGGAAUGAUUUAGCCUCCUAAAAAAAUCUCAGUUUUGCUCGAGAUAGAUCGGUGGAAUGCUAUUUCUGGAUCCUGGGGGUAUACUUUGAGCCCUACUAUUCUCGUGCACGAGUGAUAACGACCAAGGUGAUUGCCCUUACUUCAAUUCUAGACGACAUAUAUGAUGUCUAUAGCACAUUGGAGGAGAGUCAACGACUAACUGAGGCAAUUCAAAGGUGGGACGUGAAGAUUAUUCAUCAAUUACCAGAGUACAUGAAAGAUUAUUAUCUAAAGCUAAUGCACACCUUUGAAGAGUUUGAAGAUUUAUUGGCUUCCAGUGAGAAAUAUCGUAUAACCUAUCUAAAGGAAGCGAUGAAAGAUUUAUCUGAAGCUUAUUUUGAGGAAUCCAAAUGGAGAGAUCAACAUUACGUACCAACUUUGGAAGAACAUCUACAUGUUUCCCUCAUCAGUUCAGGAUAUCCUACGCUCCAAUGUGCUUCUUUCGUUGGAAUGGGAGAAAUAGCAACUAAGGAGGCAUUUCAAUGGAUUACUAGUUUCCCAAAGAUUGUCCAAGCUUCUGCAAUAAUUUGUCGUAUCAUGAAUGACAUUACUUCACAUGAGUUGGAACAAACUAGGGAACAUGUUGCCUCCACAGUCCAAUGCUACAUGAAAGAAUAUGGAACAGAUGUGCAUGUGGCAUGUAAGAAGCUCCAAGUUCUAGUUGAUGAUGCAUGGAAGGAUAUAAAUGAAGAGUGCCUCAAUCAAACUGCAUUCCCUGUUGCUUUACUUCAAAGGAUUGUUAAUUUUUCACGAAUGAUGGAAAAUAUAUAUAAGUACAUCGAUGGAUACACCAACUCCUCUACGAAGACAAAGGAAUAUAUCUCUUUGUUACUUGUACAUCCUGUUCCACUUUGAUUGUAUGACGAUGCUUGCUUCUUCUAUGAAUCAUUUAUUCUGAAAUAUAUGUAAGCCUUUGUAAAUGAAUGUGUAUUGUACUAUGCUUGCUUCUUCUACGAAUCCUUUAUUCUGAAAUAUAUGUAAGCCUUUGUAAAUGAACGUGUAUUGUA